GCGAUCAGCCGAAAGUGAAGCAAUAGUUUGUGCUAGGGUGCAGCCCUGUCCCCAUCCCUGUCCCCGUCCCCGUCCCACCUCUUUCUCAGUCUUUAAAAGUCGAUGAACACCGAACGCCUUUCAAUCGGCGGCUUGGUGUACUGUUCAUCCAUUCGUAAGCGAUUGACUGUAAAGUAUUGCAGAUUUACUUUGGCAGAAUGUCGCGAGGUGUUCCUGUACCGUUAAACUUUACUGCAGCCAUGUCGAAAGGUGGGAUAGCCAAGUUUGAGUGCCAGCAACUAGAAAGUGCUAUGGCAAAAGAGCUUGCUCAAUUAUUGGCGACUGCUUCAAAGACUGAGUAUGAUCAAGUGAAGAAAGAUUUCGAGGGAUUCCAGAAAUUGUUUCACAGUUUACUACAGCGAAAAGGUCCUUCAGUAGAAUGGGAAAAGAUUCAGAAGGCUCCUGAAGAUUCUAUUCAGUCGUAUGAUAAAAUACAGGCCCGAGGAUUGCCAGAUGAUAUAGCUUCACUUUUAAGUAAACUGGUGGUGGUGAAGUUGAAUGGAGGACUUGGCACUAGCAUGGGUUGCAAAGGACCCAAAAGUCUGAUUAGUGUACGUAAUGAGAAUACGUUCCUGGACCUCACAGUACUGCAGAUAGAGCAUUUGAACAGAACGUACAAUGCAGAUGUUCCCCUCGUCUUAAUGAACUCAUUCAACACUGAUGAAGAUACUAAGAAGAUAUUACAGAAAUAUAAUCACUAUGGAGUGAAGAUUCAUACCUUUAACCAAAGCAGGUACCCACGGAUUAAUAGAGAAUCCUUGCUUCCUGUAGCUAAAGAAAUAGCUAGUUCUGGGUCUAAUGCAGAGGCCUGGUAUCCACCAGGUCAUGGAGACAUUUAUGCCAGCUUCUACAACUCGGGUCUAUUGGAAAUGUUUCUCCAACAGGGGAAAGAAUAUAUUUUUGUAUCCAAUAUUGAUAAUCUUGGAGCAACUGUUGAUCUGUACAUUCUUCAUCAUCUUUUGAAUCCACCAAAUGGAAGGAAGUGUGAAUUUGUUAUGGAAGUAACUGACAAGACUAGAGCAGAUGUUAAGGGUGGUACCCUUAUUCAAUAUGAUGGAAAGCUGAGACUGCUGGAGAUAGCUCAGGUACCAAAAGCGCAUGUCGAUGAGUUUAAAUCUGUCACUAAGUUCAAGAUCUUCAAUACCAAUAACUUGUGGAUUUCUUUGGCUGCAAUUGAAAGGCUACAAAAACAAAAUGGCAUUGACAUGGAAAUCAUUUUAAACCCGAAGAUACUGGAUGAUGGCCUAAAUGUGAUUCAGCUUGAGACAGCUGUAGGUGCAGCCAUUAAGUGCUUUGAAAAUGCAUUGGGUGUCAAUGUGCCACGUAGUCGCUUCUUGCCUGUCAAGACCACAUCUGAUCUAAUGUUGGUGAUGUCCAACCUUUACAGUCUUAAUGCUGGAUCUUUGACAAUGAGUGACAAAAGAGAGUUCCGAACUGUGCCUCUGGUUAAACUUGGGAGUUCCUUUACUAAGGUACAAGAUUACUUGACCAGGUUGGAGAGUAUACCAGAUAUAAUUGAAUUGGAUCAUCUUACUGUUUCAGGAGAUGUUACUUUUGGAAAGCAUGUUGUAUUAAAGGGAACAGUCAUCAUUAUUGCAAAUCAUGGAGACAGGAUUGACAUACCUCCAGGUGCCAUAUUGGAAAAUAAGAUUGUUUCAGGCAAUUUGAGAAUCUUGGAUCAUUAGAAAGAUGACCCUGAACAGCUGAAAUAAACUACUUAAAUUGUUUCACAUGAUUAGUCACACAAAAAUGCCAAUCAGAGUUAUGUGCAGCUGGUGAGUGUCUUAAUAGCUUUGAGUGUGAAAAUGUUGUUCUUCUGGGCAGCUCUUUACAAAAUUGCUUGCCAUUUUAAAACUGUACCUGUUACAGUCUUUUAUUUUAAAUUGUAUUAACAGCAGCUUGGUAGCACUUGUAUACAAGUAUCAAAAUGUGACCUUAAUUUUCCCAUUAAAACCAACUUUUUAAAAAAAGUAGUAAGUCCACUAACUAUAGUGGAGCCAAAUUACAGUUUUCCAUACAGAGCUUGUAUUUACUUUACAUUGUUAGUAAAAUGUAAUAAAGUGCACUUUGAAAGUUGUUUAUUGUUGUGCGCAGUUUUGGAGUAGUAAAUAGAUUUCUCUUCCUUACCCCCACACAUCCUAGCAAAGUGCAGGCAAAAUAACCAGAGGAGCACCAUUCUUCCCACAUGCUUGGGGUGAAAGGGAGAAAUUUAGAAAGGUUUUAGAUUACCACAGUGAAAUUAUACUUGCUCUCAGUUCUUAAAGGAACGACUGCAGAAUCGAAAGCUGCAAUUAAUGGAGAAUCAAAAUGUUCCCAUAAUUAAGUUAUUAGAGGUUUAAUUUUAAAAUAAAGUUUCACUGGAUGGAAUGUAAAACAGCCAUGUUUUAGGGAUUAUUUCAGAGGAGGAAGAGGAGCAUAUAUUCCACUUAAGCAUGAAUAAGCACCUAUAAAGAAAAACACCUUAUCCUCUGAACACAACUUCAAAUGUCCCAUCAUUGAAAAGUUCCUACAAUCAAUGGACUCACUUUCAAGGACUGUACAUCUCAUAUUAUCGAUAUUUAUUAUUUCAUAGUUUGUUGUCUUUUACACUCUGGUAGAAUGCCCGAGUUGGUCAGACUUUCAUUGGUUUCUGUUGUAGUUACUACUGCUUAGAUUUGUUGAAAAUGCAUCUCAUGGUUGUAUAUG